AUGUCUGGCUUGCGAGCUUGCCUGUUUGCCCCGGAGGAGGUAGGAUGCCUCCUUGUGCGCGCGGGCAACCGCUGGAAGCUCUGGAGGGAAAGGGAAGGUGCCGUCGAGCUCUACCACAGUGAUGAGAACGAGACGUACACAGCAGCUUGUUGGGCCUGCCCUCAAAAUUUGCAGGGGUGCCUGGUGCUGGGCUGCGCAAGUGGCCGGGUCCAGGCUUGGGACGCAAGCUCCGCGGAGUUACUCGGCCGUCCUGCUCAGGCGUUUCAUGCUCUGGCCAGUGGCGCGGACUGCAGCGUUGCAGCUCUGGCAGCUUCUGCCACGAGAGGGACAGUCUUUGCCGCAUGCUCCGGACUGCCGGACAUUCUGGAGAUUGGACUUAUGGAUGGUGUGACGAGAAGCUCCCUUGCCAGUGGGAAGACUUCAGUUUCCGGCUUGGCACUAUCCGGUUCAGCGUCAGAAUGGCUUCUGAGCUCUUCCAUCGGGGCUCCUCUAAAGCUGUGGCGGCUCCCAGAUGCUGGUGCAAGCUUGUCCAACCUUCACAAGGCAAGCAAGUGCUUGAAAGCCCCAGCGGGCGGCGCUGCCCAUGUGGAUCUUUGCUGCUUCGAGGGCCGCCUGAUGGCGUUGGCUUCGGACGGCGCUAUGCAGGUGGACUUUUUCGAUGCAGGCCCGGACAAUCAAGGCGGAGUCACACACGGCAAGAGGACGCCCACGAGUUCAACGAGGGUUCUUACUUGCCACGAACGAGUCAAAGAAGCUCGCUUGGCAAAGGAGAGAGAUGCAGGCGGGCGGCUGCUGGUAGUCGGCCACGGACCUUCAAUCGUUGCAUGCUGGACAUUCGAAACAGGAUCGGACGCGCUUGUCCGAACAGUUGCACCGGCCUUCUCAGUUUCGAAGACCGAGCUGGGAGGCACAGUCCUGUGCGCUCGAGGUGCACAGCUCGCCAUGAAAAGCAUGCGAACAGAGAGGUUGAUGCUGGUGGUGGCACAUGGCACCGCUGCCAGACCAUCCUUCGCACAGGAGGCGAGGGGGGAGGUGGCGGUUGUUGCCGACAGGUGUUGGCGCAUUGAUGGCAAUAGCACGCACCACCUGCCUCUGCGUCGGAUGCAACCUGUGCUGGCCUGGCACUUACUUGGCCGACUGAAGCCACAACAGAACAACGGUCCAAUUGCAGUUGCCGUGUUGGCAAUGCUUGCAUUGGUGACAUCCCAUUCUCGUCUUCAGCUUCUCUUCGUCAUAGCAUCGUACGUCUUCAUGGGCCUGGUGCUGGAUUCCAUCCAGGUGGCCUUCGGGACAAUGUCCUUUCCUGCAGAUUCUGAUUCUCCUACUCUUGGAGUGUUGCCGGUCUGGUUUGUGGCUCUGUGGGCGAACUUCGGCUGCGUGGCCGAGUAUCUGCCAGUCUUCAAGCCCUAUGUUGCAGGCUGUGCCGUGCUGGGAGCACUGUUCGGCCCGGCUGCGUAUGCUGGUGGCGAGCAUUUCGGAGCGCUUCACAUCACAAGGUUUGGGUUGUUCGCCAUCUCGAUGGAAUGGGCGAUCUCGUUUCCCUUCAUGGUUUACGUCGCCGACGAAGUUUUGACAAACAAAGACCAGUAG